GGAAGCAGCAGUGUUUACAAGCUCACAAUGGCUGCCACACAGACCGACCUCCGCCACUUUUUCAAGGCUAGGAAGAGUUCCCGCGACGCCAACUUGUUUAAAAAUGGCAAGAAUACAAAGUCUGGGAUUGUGUCCAAGAGAGUACAGGCGAGGAAGAGUGAUACUGCCGACAUUGCUGAGUUAUUAGGGAGAGUGACUAGCGGGAGUGUGUCCAGGCUGCUGCCUCAGACUGACCGGACUAAAUCUGAAGAAAACUCAACUGUUUCAUCUUGUCAUUUGAGAGGUGAAGAAAAAUCCACACUGCCAGUAACUCCUAAAAGAAAAAGGGAUGUUGAUGAAGAAACUAUAAGAAAGAAAAGAAAGCAAAUUGUAGAGGACAAUGGAUUCAAAACUCCUGAUAAUAACAAGAGUAUCAUCAGUGUUCAGCCUGAGACUACACAAAGAUCAGCUAAGAAAAAGCUUAUCAUGACUUCUGGAGAGAGAGAUGCACAACACGAAAGUGAGAAAUUAACACCAGCAGAGAUCAAGGAACGUCUGGGUAAGUGUGGUAGGCUGGACGAACUGCGUGCCAGGCUUCUCAAGGUAAAUCAGUGCCGUGAAAAAAUUAGACAGUUCAGGGAAAAUGCAGCGAGUGAUGUACGGUCACUUGAACUUCCUUCUCCAGGAAAAGACUCCAUAACCUUGCAGCUGAAGAAGUUUACUGCCCUGGAUGUUGAAGUUCCCAUCAGUCCCCAGAAAACUCCUGUGAAAACUCCAAAUAAGACUCCAAUUAAAGCUCCUGCAUAUGAACGCUUCCAGCAUUUGGUAGAAAAGCCAUCUGAGGAACUUGUGCUACCAUAUAAAUACCGCUUUGUGAAGGAAGUGUUCCGGGCUGUUGACACUGUUGUUUCUCUCCUCCAUAACAGACAGGAAGUAAUAACAUAUAGUAAACUGAAGCCAGCUGUACAGGAAAUGUUGAGAAGAACGAUGCAUGAGCAUUACCUUGGGCAAGUCAAGACUGUGUUUCCUCUAGCGUAUUUCUUCAAGCAAGAAAACAUUAGAAAUACCAAAAAUACAGGCAUUGGAACUGAACCCAAAAAUCAAUACCAAUUAACACUCUCUUGCAACAUGAACUACAAGCCGUUGUCCACCCAAAACCUUGCUAUGAAGUUUCAUGAAGUUGAUCAUCCUCAGCAACUCAAGUUUCGCAAGAUGGAUUCCAUAGUGAUGGUAGAGCGUCGUAAUAUUUUCCACAACUCUCUGGUGGAUAUACUGAGGGAUCAUCAUGAUCAGUUCCUUCAGUCCCUGGAUCCUCCCAUCAUGAGUUCUGGCAUGAACAUAAAGAGAUGGCACCCAGAAUUUCCUUUGGAAGAUGUGCCAGAUAUUGAGCCCUCUCUUCUGCCCCAACCACCAAUCAGAGAGACACUGGAAACUGCCAGAGAUGUUCUUGAUAAGGCACAGGACCUCUUUGCUGUCAAUCAUCGUAUGGAGAAAGCGGUAAAAGAAGCUGCAGCAAAGACUCCUGUUAAAGUGGAAUCUGCGAUGCUACCAGCAUCUUCGACACCGCCAGCCUACAUAUCUAUAGCUCUGAAGGGUGUCUCAACUUCAUUACUGGAGAAAGUAAAAGCAGCCACAUGUCUUGGCAGAGACAAUGACCCAGAAGCAGCACAAAAUAAGGAUUGGAGAUUGCUCUUUAGUUUACUCAGAUGUCAGAUCAUCCGUAUCUUUUAUACAGAAAGAAAGCCUCUAUUUCCCUGGGAGGUUGUGACUGCAAAAGUCAUGCUAAGCUCCAGAUCUUCUAUGCUUAGGCAUAACUUUUUGUUAAUGCUUUCAGGUGAGGUGGACAGUCACAUACAUCUGCUGAUAAAGGAGGUUCCUGGGUGGUGUACAGUGCACAAAGUACGCAGCGGCAUCUUUUUGAAGAUCGAUAACGAGCAGCUGAGCAAUGUAAUUGACAAGCUAGAGUCAAUUGUCAACAGCGCAAGUGAGCGAUGUAAGACAAACUGUGAAUUGUCAUACUGCAAGUGAUUCCUUCUUGAGAAUUGACGAGAUGUUUUGAAUAUGUUUUACCCAUAAUUAUAUACAUUGUUUACAGUAGGUUGAAAUGUUAUGUGAAUGCUUUUAUAUUAUGAUUCUUUAAAGCACUGCCUUCAUAUUAUUAAUCAUUAGUAGUGUGUUUUGUGAUUCAAUUUAUGCUGUAAACAAUAUGGAUCAAGUACAGUACUUCAUUGUACUAAAGAUUUUCUUAAUGCUUUUAAUAAUUUCAAACACUCCUUUUUUAUUUUUUUUAAUUGUUUCUUCAUUUAACUUCAGUGGUAUAAUUUAAUUUAUAAAUUAUUAAACUGCAGAUUAAUUGCCUGGUUUAGCAUAUUGAUGGGAUGGAGGAAAGGUACACAGAAAUUAAACUGUGCCUUUUAUCAGGUGGUAUUAGUCAGUGAAUGCCAUUGUUGAGUACUGUGUAAUCUCUAUGUACAAAGUGAUUAUAAGUGUGUUAAUUACUGUAUCUUAGAAAUCUGAACCUAGAAAAUAAUUUGCAUUUUUUGUGACAGACAUUUUCUGACAGUGCUGUAUAUUGCUGAAAGACAAGUAACAAAUAGGAUAUUUAAGCAGUGUAGUUUUUAUUGUGAAAUUAAGGUUAAUAUAAUUUUUGAAUGGUGCAUAUUUGUGACUAAACUCCAAUCUGCAAAUCGAACAUAAACAUCCAAGAACAAAAGUUUAUUUUGUAACCAGUUGACAUUGACAUUCUUUCUGACCAGUGUUGGCGACAUGAAUAGAUUUGGUGAAUGCCAUUAUUGUUUUAUUUUAAUUGGCUCAUAUUUCCAGUAGGAAGAAGAUAUCAGAUGUUGAUUUAAUUUUAACUUUAUCAAAAACAUGUACUGUACAUAGUGCCUUGUGAAUUUUUUAAGUCUUAUAAUGGAAUUGUGACUGUCCAGGACACACACGUGCCAAGUGGCAGCUGAGUGCUCAUAAUUCAUAAUCCAUCUUUUUGUAAAUAUUUCUAAGUAAUUUUUUUACUUUGUUGCUGAAGUUAGUGUGCCAUCAGUUUGUGGAAUACUUUAAAAGGUGUACUAUAAUUUAGGCUCUUACUAGUGUUGACAUUCAAAGUGCACUUGUGUGUGUGUAUAUAUAGGCUAUGUGCAUUCAUUUUUCUAUGACUUAAUUGUAUAAAUUUGAUACUUAAAAAUUAUGAACAAAG